CCCUUGCGCGGUUCGUUCGCGCGUAGUUCUGGGGCGGGAGUUUGGUGCGUCAUGGCGGCCUGCCCGGCUCCGGGUCCUUCCCCUGAGCAAGCCUGGCUUGCAGAUGCCCAGACCUUCAUUCAAGAGACCCUUUGUCCAACUGGCAAGGAGCCAAACAACGAGUUGACUCAGUUGGUAAUUGAUUGUGUAAAGAUGAUGUGGUUAUCCCAGGGGGAGAACCAGGGUUUUACACUGCCUCUCAGCUACAGAUUUGUCUCAGUGCAAAACCUUAAGACUCACCAGAAUCUCCCAUGCUGUAGCCAUCUAACUUGGAGCAGUACUGCCUAUCAGGCUUGGGUCCAAGGAGCCGGGCCAAAUGGGAAUGCCCUUCCCCGGGAGCAGUUGUUACUUUUGGGGACACUAACAGACCUAUCAGGGGACUUGGAGCAUGAGCGCCCAGAUGGAAGCCUAUAUGUGAAAGAUAACACUGGAAUCCUGGGCUGUGAGCUCAUAGAUCUAGACCUUUCUUGGUUGGGGCAUCUCUUCCUAUUCCCCAGUUGGAGUUACCUCCCUCCUGCCAAGUGGAAAUCCUUGGAGGAAGGGCACUUGGAGCUCUGGGGUGCCCCUGUACCAGUGUUUCCUUUGACCACCAAUCCUGAACCUCUUGCACCUAUUCCUGUGCUCUACCCAGAGAAAGCAUUGUACCUGCUCACACACAGAAUGAGACGCCAAGUCCAAGAGGCAAAUCUGGCUGGGAAACUGAUUAGAUUGAGCGCUCUGAUAAAAAGUCAGAAGAAAGAAUACUUUGUCCUGACUCUUGGUGAAUUAUCCCCAACUGACAGCCAAGCUCUCAACCAGGUGUCCAUCAUGGUGCAGAUUCCUGCCCAGAUGGUGUGGUACCGAGUCUUUUGGCCUGGUAGGUCCUAUGUGCUGACAAGACUGCGAAUAGCCAAGACCCGUCGUCACCAUUACCAUAUUUGGACAACCAUUCCUUCCUCCAAUCUGAUGCUCCUAAAACCAGAUUGUGUGCGGGAGCUGGAGCUGGAGCUGGAGCUGGGGCUGGGAAAACCAUCCUUGAAAGAUAAACCGAAACCACCUUCCGUGCCUACCAAGUCCCAGAACAGCAAGGGACAAGCAGAUCUUGUCCGCCACUCCAGAGUCUUACAUUAUUCGGGAAUGGUCACUGGUGUGUUGAAUGAAUCUGCCAGCCUCUACCUGCUGGAUGGGCAGCUGAUCUUGUGCCUUGCAUACCAGCAGAUCCGUGGCCUCAAACGGAUGAUUCGACCAGGUGUCUCUCUGGAGCUCCGGGAUGUUCACCUCCUCCAUUCAGUGGGUGGAGGAACAACAAGGCCAGUGUUGGUGCCUUGCCUUCAUGGGACUGUGCAGCUACGAAGCUUUUCUCAUCAGAAGCCUGAGAUUCUGUCAUCCCACCAAGUUCAUGGCACCUACUUAUAUGAGCAACUGGUGUGGGACUAUCAGUUGGGACUUCCCACCUACCUGUGGGCUACUAAGGCCCUGGAGAAGCUGGUCUGCAAGUUGUGUCCUCAUGUGCUGAGAUGCCACCAGCUCUUGAAGCAUUCCUCUCCUGGGAAUCCUAGCCUGGCAUUGCAGCUCCUGGCUUCCUCCCCAGAUGUUCUUACUCCACCAGACAGUCCCAUUCGAAAUGCACACAGUGAGAUACUGGAAGAGCCUCAUCAGUGUAUCUUCCAGGAAUAUACACAGUUGCAGACUCCUUACACUUUCCCUGAUCUGCUCACUAUGAUGAAGGAAGGACAGCAUAGUGCUUGGGCUAACUUUGAUCCAAAGGCCCUUGUACCCCUUCCAGAGUCUGCCUACCUGACGAGCUACCAAAUCAAUCGCCGUCUGGCAUGGUCCUGGCACUGUGUUCUGCCCUCUACUCUCCAGCCAGCCCAGGUUUUAGUUGGGGUUCUGGUAGCUUCAUCACAUAAAGGUUGUCUGCAACUUCGGGACCUGAGUGCUUCCAUGCCCUGCCUACUUUUGGCAGAGAAUUCACAACCACUUGCUGAUCCCCGAUUCAUAGGUUGCCUGGUGCGGACAGAGAGGUUUCAGCUGGUUGUCGAAAGGGAGGUCGAGAGCAAUUUUCCUUCCUGGAAGGAGCUGACCAUGGCAGGCUUCAUUCAGAGGCAGCAGACCAGAGUCUAUGUCCAGUUCUUUCUGACUGACGCCUUGAUUCUGCCUGUGCCCAGACCCUCUCCUGAUGCAUCAACUACUUCAGCACCUCCUCAGACAGAUUCUGCCUGUCUAGAGGGACAGAGCCGGCUUUUCUUGUUGUCCCACAAGGAGGCCCUCAUGAAUCGGAACUUUUGUGUCUCUGGGAGAGCCAGCUCAGAGUCCCCUAUGCCUACUUUGAGUUUCCAUGUGUCAGGGAGCUGGCUUGGAGGCACCCAGAGGAAGGAGGGGACUGGGUGGGGCCCACCUGAGCCUCUGGGAAGUGAGAAAAAGGAUCAGAAGGUCUUCCUCAUCUUCCUUGGUUCUUCAGUCCGCUGGUUUGCAUUUUUGUAUCCAGGGAAAGUAUACCGACUCAUAGCUCCUGGCCCUCCGACUUCAAUGUUGUUUGAGGGAGAGAGUUCAUCUCAACGUCCUCUGGAGUUAGCCGGCUGUGUGUCCUGCCUCACUGUCCAGGAUGAUUGGACCCUGGAGCUUGGAAGAUCUCAGGACACCCCUGAUGUGCUGGAGAUCUCCAGGGAACUGCCUAAGUCUUCAUUGACUCACCUGCUUAGUGACAAAUUCCCUGAUUCCUUGGUGUCUUUCUCUGCAAAGAUUUUGUCAAGGACAAUAUGUGAUCCACCUCUGACCUUUCGCAGGAGACAGCCUGGGAACACUGGGACUGUUAAAACGUGUGUGAAGCUAACGGUAGCUCUAGAGAUUGCCGACUAUGAAUUCACCCCUCACCUGAACAUAUAUAUCGAAGAUCCACACUUGCCUCCCCCGAUAGGACUCCUUCCAGGAUCCCAAGUCCACUUUAGCCAGCUGGAGAAAAAAAUUUCCAGAUCCAGCAAUGUUUACUGUCGUUUCUGCUCAUCUACUUCUAUACAGGUCCUCAGUUUUUCCCAGCAGACCAGAGUCAGUGACCCCCUGCCCCACAUCUACCUGGCUGAACUUCUCCAAAAGGGCCAGGCUCCAUUCCAGGCCACUACUUCUUGUCAUGUUGUUUUUAUCUUCAGCCUUCAGAUCAUGUGGGUCUGUGCUCAUUGUACCAGCCUUUGCCCCCAGGGGCGGUGCAGUCGUCAGGACCUCACUUGCCCCACUCAGACAGCUAUAAGCCAGGCCAGCAUCAGGUUCCUCGUAGAGGAUGGGACUGCGGAAGCCCUGGUGACCUGUAGGAAUCAUCACGUGGCAGCAGCUCUAGGACUAAGUCCUGGUGAAUGGACUUUCCUCCUAGAUUGUGUACGAGUAUCAGGGAAAUUGGCCUUGCACUUUAAAGGGCCUGGAGCCGAAUCAGAGUCUCCAGCCAGGAUCCAUGAACCUUUGACCCUCUUCCUCCAGACACUUUGUACCAGCCCUUCUGUCCUUCGACCUAUUAAGCUUGCUUUUGAGCUUACAAGGAGACCCUCUGAUGUUUCCCCACGAGAACCUCCAAGACUACAGCAGUUCCAGUGUGGAGACCUCCCUCUGCUGACUCGGGUGAAUCCCAGGCUCCAGCUAGCCUGCCUUUCUCUCCAGGAACAAGAACACUCCAGCACUCUGGGGGCUUUUGCUACCUCUUGUUAACCAGAACUGCCAAGAGUGGCCCGAAAACUCGUCCUGCCUCAAAUUCAGGAACCUUGGGAUCUGGGUCCCAGGUCUUCCUCAAUACUUUUGGCUCCUCUGUGAAUUAGCCAGGACUGUAGGUCCUUGGAGUCACAAACUGUUGCCCCACUGUAAUUUCUAAUUAUUUUGAUGCCAGCCUGCUUUGAGGACACUGGGAACAAUCAAAGUGAUGUUGGCUCCCCCCCCCCCCCCCUGGGUGAAAGCACUUACACUCACAGGAGGCUCCUGAGCACCUUGGUCUUGACUUGUGACAAGAGGGUGGCAGAGGCAGACAUUUUGGUCUGUAAUAAAGUUAUCUGGGGUCUU